AUGACCCUGACCGGGAAGAUGUCUUAUGUUGUCUUUGCCUUUUUCUUCAUUUUCGCCCAGUUUCCAUCAGGGUGCCAGGCAGGACUCGAGUAUUCCAAGCCACUUCCAGGAGGUGACUUUGCUGCUUGUGAGCCGUGCAGGCUCGGCCGGGGCAAGUGCAGGAAGAUGUGUGCUGAGGAUGAGAAGCCUGUUGGACAUUGCAAGCUGAACUUUUUCUGUUGCCGACGGAAGGUCAGCUGA